CUUAACCACAAAACGGCCAGUGUGUUGAUAUAUAAUCCAUCUGGAGUACAAGUCAUAUAUUCAACUUUCGUUCUCCCCUCAACAUGGCCGAAUACGACUUGACACAAACCAUCGUCCCGUACCUCGACCGCCAUCUCGUAUUCCCUCUCCUUGCACAUCUUGUAGAGAACGAGCUCUUCCCGAUUAAACAAGUGCAAGCCGCCCAAUAUGAGCUGGCGAAGGGAACGAACAUGGUGGACUAUGCUGUAAGCUUGUUCGAGCAGCUAAACCCGAAUGAAGAGGUCCCCUCAGAGUUCCAGGGAAAGCGUGAAAGUGCUGUACACACAAACGAGCGUCUCCAACAAGAGGCCCAAGCUGUCUUGAACGUGAUUGAGAACCCAGAGGUCGCACAAGCUCUGCGGCAAGACAAGAACCAAAAUCUGGCAUACCUCAAGGAACACUACGGUGUCACCCUCGAACAAAUCAAUGCGUUGUACAACUUCGGCCAAUUUCAGUACACCUACGGAAACUACAGCGGUGCUGCCGACUACCUAUAUCACUUCCGUGUCCUCUCUACAGACCCUGAUCUGACCAUGUCCGCGCACUGGGGAAAGCUCGCUUGCGACAUCCUUACAGGAAAGUGGGAAAUCGCUCUCGAAGAGCUCAACACUCUCCGUGAAGCCAUCGACUCCCGCGCGCCAUCACAUCCCGCCUUCUCUACCUCCUCCGCAUCUGAUCCCGCGCUGUCUCAGCUGCAUUCGCGUACCUGGCUCCUGCACUGGUCGCUCUUCGUGUACUUCAACCACCCUCAGGGCCGGACGCUCUUGCUCGAGACGUUCCUCGCCCCAGCCUAUCUCAGCACAAUCCAAACGUCGAGCUCAUGGAUCCUCCGCUUCCUCGCAACUGCCGCUGUGCUCUCGCGCAAGGCAUCCGCCGUCCCUGGCGGCGCUGUCUCGGCACGCGUGCGCCACUCCAUCCGCGAGGUGGUCAAGGUCAUCCAGAUGGAAGAGUACCAAUACCAGGACCCCAUCACCGCCUUCCUCAAGGAGCUCUACGUUGAGUUUGACUUCGAAGCGGCGCAGCGCGAGCUGAGCAAAGCAGAGGUUGCGGUCGCGAAUGACUUUUUCCUUGCAGAGUUCAAGGACGAGUUUCUCGAGAACGCGCGGUACCUCAUCAGCGAGGCCUACUGCCGGAUACAUCAGAGGAUAGAUAUUGGUGACCUGUCCGAACGCCUCAACCUGUCUCGCGACGAGGGCGAGAAGUGGAUCGUCAAUCUCAUCCGAGAGACCCGGAUGGGCGCGGACGCCAAGAUUGAUCUCGGCAAGAACGUCAUCGAGAUCAACAGGCCGCCACUGCCCAUCUACCAGUCGGUCAUCGAGAAGACCCGCGGCCUCGCUUUCCGCACGCAGGCUCUGGGUGCGGCAAUGGCGCGCACGGCCCAGCCGCAAGCAGAGACUCAGGCCAACAACGUAGACCCGCCAAAGUGAUCCGAGGUUCGCUACUUGUGCAUGUAUGUGACUGUAUCCAGGGUCGUUUGUCAAUGAAACUCUGUAUUUCUGUGCC